GGUGGCGGGAUGUCGCAGGGGCCGGUGGCCGCGGGGCGCCUCAACGACCUGCCCGACCACUCUCCGCGGGUGCGCAGCGCCGUGGCCGAGCUGCGGCAGCGGGCGGAGGCAGAGCCCGGCCAGCGCUGGCCCCAGCCCCUCACAGAUUCCUUCCUGGUGAGGUUCCUGCGAGCCCGGGACUUCAACCUGGACCUGGCGUGGAGGUUAUUGAAGAAUUACCAGAAGUGGAGAGUUGAAUGCCCAGAAAUAAGUGCAGAUUUACGACCAUCUUCUAUUCUUGGGCUUUUGCAUGCUGGCUAUCAUGGAGUCCUGAGAUCAAGGGACCCACAUGGAAGCAAAGUUCUGAUAUACAGAAUUGGACAAUGGGAUCCCAAGUUAUUUACUGCAUACGAGGUGUUCCGUGUAAGUCUUAUCACAUCUGAACUCAUUGUAAAGGAGAUUGAGACUCAGUGCAAUGGAGUCAAGGCUAUCUUUGAUCUUCAAGGGUGGCGAUUUGCUCAUGCAUUUCAAAUCAGUCCAGCUGUGGCCAAGAAAAUUGCAGCUGUGCUCACAGAUUCCUUUCCACUAAAAGUUCGAGGUAUCCACUUGAUUAAUGAGCCUUUAUUCUUCCACCCGGUCUUCGCUCUAAUUAAGCCUUUUCUCACUGAAAAAAUAAAAGAACGGGUGUUUAUGCAUGGAAAUAACUACAUGCAGAGUCUGACCGAACACUUCCCGGUCAGCAUUCUCCCACAGGAAUACGGGGGGGAGGAAGCCUCCAUGGAAGAGCUGGCCAAGGAAUGGACUGACUUUAUAAUGGCAUCUGCAGAUUAUCUUCAGAGCAUUUCGCUGGUUGCCCAGGAAUAAUCUCACUGGAGUAUUAGAUCAAUUCCUGCACACUGGAAAUGGAAAUAAGUUUAAGAUGAAAUCUUUCAUUUAAACUUCAAAUGGUUGUAAAUGAAACCCGUUAUGUCUUCGCAGGGCGCUGGGUACUAUAUUGACCGCACUUUUAUACUAACUGGAGUUUAUUAGUACCUAUGUCUGAUGAGAUUAAUGAAUUCUACGCCUUUGCAAUACUGUUUGUAAUGGAUUAACUUCUAUGCAAAAAAGCUGAAUAGUGAAUUGGAUAUUCAGAUGUCGAUAUUGCUCCGCUUAA